CUUUUUUGAGUUUCCUUAAUUCUCUUUCAUGUUCAUUGUGCUUUUGUCCUGUCAUGUAUUAGCUAGCUAUGUGUUCUUGUUAUUCAUUCUUGCUAAAAUUACGAACACAAUUUAGUAAGAAGCGUUGUUGCUCUUUCUUCCAAUUCCCGGCAGCUUACUUCCAAACUCUCCCUUUUUGGCUAAUGGAAUCUCUACGAUCAAAUUGCAAAACUCUCAUCAAUAGCAUAAACUGUUUCGGAUGCUGCAACAGAGAAAGGCGUUUAGUUGUGGAAGUCGAUGAGCCAUCAAAGGGACUCAAAAUCCAAGGAAAGAUAGUGAAGAAAGAUAGUGCUUCAUCAGAUGACUUCUGGAGCACAAGUACGUGUGAUAUGGACCACAAUAUAACGAUUCAGUCCCAAUCUUCAAACCCGCCUUUUGAUCCCCAAUGCAGCACAAGCAACUCUACCGAAUUUGUAAACCAUGGACUUAUUUUGUGGAACCACACGAGACAACAAUGGCGUGAAUGCUUAACCAGACAACAAUGUCUAGUUCCAGAACCUGCAAUAAGCUGGAACUCGACGUAUGAUAGCUUAUUGAGCACAAACAAGCUUUUUCCUCAACCAAUACCUCUUAAGGAGAUGGUGCAUUUCCUUGUUGAUGUUUGGGAGGAAGAAGGCUUGUACAUAUGA